GAGUGGUAUAUAUAACCACAUAUUGUUCUGUGUAUUAUCCUAGCUUGCUCAAGUUCAUGGCUUCUUCUUCAUCUCCUCCUUCGGCCCUUCUUCCCUUAUCAGGCUUCAGUAAGAGGGAAAAUUGCAGGCACACUGUACUAUUCAGACAUAAGAUCCGAAAUUUCGAACUACACUGUUCAUCUUCAGAGCAUAGGACCAAAGCAAGUAAGACAGGACAAUACAGAGAUACAUGCACAUUAACUAGUCGAAGGAAUGCGGUUGGAUUUGGUCUGGUGGUAUCUACUAUAGGGUUGAACCCGCUUCGUGCCAAGGGAGCCGGGCUUCCUCCAGAGGAGAAGCCGAGACUUUGUGAUGCCGCAUGUGAAAAGGAGCUUGAAAAUGUUCCUAUGGUUACUACAGAAUCUGGUCUGCAGUACAAGGAUAUAAAAGUCGGUGAAGGUCCAAGUCCACCUGUUGGUUUUCAGGUUGCUGCGAAUUAUGUCGCAAUGGUGCCAUCCGGGCAAAUUUUUGACAGUUCGUUGGAGAAAGGUCUGCCUUAUCUUUUCCGUGUCGGUGCUGGUCAGGUAGUUAAAGGACUUGAUGAAGGAAUCCUGAGCAUGAAAGUUGGAGGAAUACGCCGCCUAUACAUACCAGGCUCACUAGCAUUUCCAAAAGGCCUCACUUCUGCACCAGGAAGGCCGAGGGUCGCCCCAAACAGCCCUGUUGUUUUUGACGUUAGUUUGGAGUACGUACCAGGCCUCGGAGAUGAGUGAACUUGUUCCAUCUUUCAUUUUUCUUUCAAGGGACGCGGCACAAAUUGAUUUCAUUUGUUCAUGCAACAUCGGCCAUGUAUUCUUUAUGUUUCCUUGAAUCAAAGAUUUAAUCAUAAUCCUUCUAUGUUUGUACUUAUGAAUUUGCCCAGCACCUUGAAUGAGAUUUUUUUUUCACUCGUGAA